AUCCCUGUGUGUGCCCAUUCAGAGAAGCGCUCGCCACCUGACGCCCCAGCCCUACCUGAACUGCGCCAGCUGCCGAGAUGCCCGUGGCUGCUACCAACUCCGACUUGGCCAGUGGCUUCUGCCUCCUCCACCUUCCCCACGUGGCGAAAGCGUAGGGCUCAGCCCCAUCCAUCGCCUGGGCGGGCGAGCUGUCAGGGCAGCAGGAUCUGGAGACGGUCGCCGUGGCAGCCAGCUCGGGUACCCGCAUCUCUGAGCAGCAGUGCGGAAGCCUGUUUCUGAGCAUCCCUGACCGCAGCCAUGAGCAGCAGCCCCGCCAGUGGCGUCUCCUUAGAGGGGAUCUCGCUGGAUUCCUCCGAGGAGUCCGAGCUCCGCAGGGAAGCCAUGCAGCAGGUGCUGGACAACAUGAGCGACCUGCCCAACUCCACUGGGGCGGCUGACCUGGAUCUCAUCUUCCUCCGAGGCAUCAUGGAGAGUCCAAUAGUAAGAUCCUUGGCUAAGGCCCACGAGCGCCUGGAGGAGACCAAGCUGGAGGCCGUGAGGGACAAUAACGUGGAGCUGGUGCAGGAGAUCCUGCAGGACAUCGCCCACGUCACCGGGAGCAACAGCACGGCCGCCGAGCUGGCACGCAUCCUGCAGGAGCCCCACUUCCAGUCUCUCCUGGAAACCCACGACUCGGUGGCCUCCAAGAGCUACGAGACGCCCCCGCCCAGCCCCCUCCUGGACCCCAUGUUCAACAACCAGCCGGUGCCGCCGGAUGCCGUGCGCAUGGUGGGGAUCCGCAAGACGGCCGCCGAGCACCUGGGCGUGACCUUCCGGGUGGAGCGGGGCGAGCUGGUGGUUGCCCGCAUCCUGCACGGUGGCAUGAUCGACCAGCAGGGCCUGCUGCACGUGGGUGACGUCAUCAAGGAGGUGAACGGCAAGGAGGUCGGCAACGACCCCAAAGUGCUGCAGGAGAUGCUGAAGAACGCCACCGGCAGCGUGGUCCUCAAGAUCCUACCCAGUUACCAGGAGCCUCCGCCGCCCCGGCAGGUGUUUGUGAAGUCCCACUUUGACUACGACCCGGCCAGCGAUAACCUGAUCCCCUGCAAGGAGGCAGGGUUAAAAUUCACUGCCGGGGACCUGCUGCAGAUCGUCAACCAGGACGACCCCAACUGGUGGCAGGCCUGCCACGUGGAGGGCGGCAGUGCCGGCCUCAUCCCGAGCCAGCUGCUGGAGGAGAAGCGGAAGGCGUUUGUGAAGCGCGACCUCGAAGUCCCCCCCACAUCCGGUGCCCUAUGUGGCAGCAUCAGUGGGAAGAAGAAGAAGAGGAUGAUGUACCUGACCACGAAAAAUGCGGAGUUUGACCGGCACGAGCUGCUGAUCUAUGAGGAGGUGGCCCGCAUGCCCCCGUUCCGCAGGAAAACCCUGGUGCUGAUCGGGGCCCAGGGCGUCGGGCGACGCAGCCUCAAGAACAAGCUGAUCAUGUCGGACCAGGCCCGCUACGGGACCACCAUCCCGUACACUUCGCGGAAGCCCAAGGACAACGAGAGGAACGGCCAGGUCUACUGCUUCAUGUCGCGGGGGGAGAUGGAGGCGGACAUCAAGGCUGGCCGCUACUUGGAGCACGGGGAGUAUGAGGGGAACCUCUACGGCACCAAGAUCGAAUCCAUCCAUGAGGUGGUGGAGUCUGGCAAGAUGUGCAUCCUGGAUGUGAACCCGCAGGCGGUGAAGGUGCUGAGAACGGCCGAAUUCGUCCCCUACGUGGUCUUCAUCGAAGCCCCGGACUACGAGACACUCCGAGCCAUGAACAAGGCGGCGCUGGAGAGCGGUGUGGCCACCAAGCAGCUCACGGAGGCCGAUCUGAAGCGGACGGUGGAUGAGAGCUGCCGCAUCCAGCGUGGCUACGGCCACUACUUCGACCUCAGCCUGGUCAACGACAACCUGGAGUGGACAUUCCAGCAGCUGCAGGAAGCCCUGGAGAGGCUGCGCGCAGAGCCCCAGUGGGUCCCUGUCAGCUGGGUUUACUAGGACGCUGGGAGCGAAGGCCUCCCCACCCUGCCCCCAGGCGGAGGGCACUGCCGACCCGCCUCCCCUCCGCCCUCCCUCCUGCACAAACCACGACGUCUCAAGGCCAAGGAACCCGGAUCCCCUGCCUGCAUCCCAGGCCUGUCUUCGGGGGAGCUGCGGCCCGAGACAGGUCUCGUCCCUCCAAGGGCAGGCGCUAGCUGGAGCAGCCAGUAGGGGAUGGCGAGGCAGGGAACUGGGUGCUUGUUGAACGUCCUCUUCCCCCUCCCCCUGAGUUUUAACCAACUUUGCCAGAGUUAGAGAGUUUCUUGCAGGCAUUCCCGAGAGGCACCCCCAGUGGAGAACCCUUCUCUGCCCUGGACAUGUGGCUGGGGGGCAAUGGCCCCCCAUUUCCUUCCAGGAAGGGCUAGGGUGGCCAUGGGGAGGGUUGAGAGAGCAGCCCAAGGCGGGGCAGUGCCCAGGACACCAAGCACAACCUCUUUAGUGCCCGGAAUGGGCACCGGGUCCCCCUUCAAGCCAGCCCCAGGGCUGUGCCUGGGGCCAGAUCCCGGCAGCCAGCAGAGGGAAGUUGGCAUGAGGAAGGCAGUGUGAAGCAUGUCGUAGGAGGUGCACAGAGCUGGGGAAGCCAGCUGGCACCUCCCUCCAUCCCUGCGCGUUCUCCCUUUCUCACCCAGCUGCCCGCUCCAUGCCCAGGCUGCAUCUCCCUUCCUGGUCCUGAGCUACCCUCUCUGGGCAGAGGUGCCUGGGCACCACCUCCAGCAGUCCCCUGGAGCAGCUUGGGGCAUCUCUCCUCACUGGCCUUGGCCAGGGGAAAUCUCAAUAGGGACCAACCGGCUCAGGAACAGGGAUGUUCCUGGCCAUCUUUCUUCAUCGUUCCCCAGUAGGCCAGCGGGGUGGGGACGAGGGUGCAACGGGGCGGGUUCGGAGCCCAUCACCUCCCUGGGCUAGAGCAUCAGAUUCUCGCUUAACCCGGGUCUGGGGUUUGGGGCAGGAGGCGUGUCCACCAGGGAAAUGAGCUUGGUGGGCUCAGUGGGCUUCUUGGAUCAACCGUAGAGACUAACUCACUAAUUCCCCACCGUGAAUCCACAGCUGCUCCCCAGCAAAGACUGAUUAGUUAUUUCAGGGCUGGCUGGCUGAGGGGGCAGAAUUUCCUAGGAAAUUACUGGCCAGUUUGGUGCUGCGGGAGAUCAGUCCCAUCCCAGGACAACCGGUGCACCUUAGCGAGCACAGUCCAAAAAUCGGCAUGGUUCCGAUGCCCUACCUGAAAGAGACGAAGCCACCAUGUGCCCUGCCUCACUUGCUCCCACAGAAAACCCAUGAUGGAUUUGUCCGGAGUGGGCCACUGCUCUGGAUGACCCAGAGCAGAAGGAAUCUUCUGGGGAGAUCUGCACCAAGCAAAUGCACAGCUAUCUCACUGCCGAAAAUUCAGCUCGGUUUACAGCCCCAGCCCCCGCCUUCCGGUUCCGAACCGGGUAGAUUAUUCCCCCUUCCCAAUUUGAACUUUUGUAAAUGUCCCAGCGAUGGUCGGAAAAGCUGCCCCGUCUUCCCCCCCAGCUUAGAGUAUUGUUGUGGGGGUAUUGAAGGGGAAUUGCGGCACCUCUGAAAAUCAAUAGCUUUAAGGUCCAAAUGGUUGAAGGAGGCACCCUUGAGGAGGGUCUUGUUACAUCACUGGUGUAGGACACAGGACAUCUGGGUUUGAUUCCCUGCUCUGCUCCAGCCUCCUGGGCAAGUCACUUAAUUGCUCAGUGCCUCAGUUUCCUCACCUGUCCAAUAAGGUUACAUUAAUAAUACCCCACACUGAGAAUAUAUCUGUUAUUGUAGGUGAGGCCCUUGGAUACUUUGGGGAUGUGGUGGAACCUAAAAAGUUAAGUAACAAAUACUUUUGAAAAAAGAAAAGGAGUACUUGUGGCACCUUAGAGACUAACAAAUUUAUUAGAGCAUAAGCUUUCGUGAGCUACAGCUCACUUCAUCGGAUGCAUUGAGCUGUAGCUCACGAAAGCUUAUGCUCUAAUAAAUUUGUUAGUCUCUAAGGUGCCACAAGUACUCCUUUUCUUUUUGCGAAUACAGACUAACACGGCUGCUACUCUGAAAUACUUUUGAGGCUCUGGACCAUAGACCUCAAGUGUAGGUUUUAGGAUUUAUAAAGUGACAGCAAAAUAAAAUAAAAACCAUAAUGAUUGGAUAGGUGGAGCCAGUCAGGGGCAUCACUAGAUAUCAGGUAAGGGGGGUAAUUGCCACCCCCAGACCUCGGUUCGCCCACCCCAACUUUUCAUAGGUCUGUCGGCUCCACUUUUUGCCUCCUGCCCCAGCUUUGCAGGGUAGAAGUGAUCACAUAUAACGUUCUAUAUGCUAACGCAACUUUGCCCCGCUCCUGAAAUUUUUCUGAAAUGGUACCUCUGGAGACAGUUGGCAAAAUGCAGGUCCGGGGGGAUCCUCAAAAAAUGGGGCCAGCCGGCUCUGCGGUUUAGGGUCAUACCUGUUGCUCAAAAACCAUUAGAAAAAAGAUCAGUAAGAAUAGGAGGGUUGUGUGUGGACAGUGGACAGCCCGCAAACAAGCUGCCUGCCUGGGUGUGAGAGCUGAGGUGGGAAGGACAGGUGCCUUCUGAUCUGAUCACCAGACAGGUUUGUUAGUAACCCGGCGAGGGGGGGGGUAUUUAUUUAUUUUUUUGGUAAUAACUUUCGUCUUGCGUAUUUCUUUAGCCGAAUCCACACGCAGACUUAACUGACCCAAUCAAAUGUUAAAACUAGCUGGUCCUGCCCUCCUUUUAUUUACCUGCCACAAGCGAUUUUAGCCCUGGGCCUCAGUUUCUCCUUGCGAGAAUGGCGACGAAGUUGCCCUCCUUGGUCAAGCGCUUUGAGAUCAACCGGUGCAAAGCACUAGAUAACAGCUGGCUAGUACAUCUCCACAGUCCCUGGGAACCGCAUUGCAUCGUUAUGGUAGGUGCUGUACAUACACAGAGAGUCCCUGCCCUGAUAGGCUUCCAGUCUCAAUACACAAGUGGCAGGAGGGGAAACUGAGGCACAAAGAGGUGGGGAAGUGACUUGCCCAAGGUGACUCAGGGAGUGCUGGGAAUAGAAUCUCUGGAUACCUGGUCCAGUGGGCGACGCUGUCUCCUCUUGGCUUCAGUGGCGGCUGGGUCUUCUGACUCCCAUCCACGGGGCCCCUGCCCACAAGUCCUUCCCUCCGCUCUGGAGUGCAGGUUUCCGUGUGUCCACGACUACCUCAGGCCUCAGCAGCAGCAGGGCAAAGGCAGAGCCCUGGCCUUGGCUCGGGCAGGUAACCGAAGAAGGAGCUGGUUGCAGUUGUUUCCAAACGGCUUUGUUUGCCGAGUUUUUUAUCUUAAGGCAAAACUCCAUCUCCUGUUUCUAACCGGCCUGGCUGCGGUGUGCCCCUGGCAACCCAGACCCCUGGCAUGCACAGGCCCCAUGGCCGCCGGUGGAUCUGGGACGCUUCCAGUUUGGGGUGCCUAACUUGGGAUGACUGGGGCCUGAUUUCCACAGGUGUGGAGCAUUCACUGCUGUUGGUGUUAGUUCUGACCUCUCCCUCCUCCCACAAUGUGUCUGUGGCCCCCAUUAUUCUGGUGUCAGAGACCCCACAAACUCACUGUAUUUAUCGCAAGUCAGGCACCCCAAAUUUGGGGCCCCUUGUAAAAAUUUGGGCCUUAAGUACUUGUUUCUCAAAUGGCCGGAGUUCCCCUUUAAAAGCAACUGUGGCUAGGGUCUCCCCUGCUGGUUGUCACGGUGUGGGGGGGGGGGUAGAGGGAGCCAGGGAAAGAUACCCAAUGGGAAGGGGUGAUACCCCCCCCAAAUUCCAAUGCAGAUCCCCUUUGGGAGGGCACUCUCCAAACUGUCACUACCCCGGCUCAACGGACCGCCCUUCCUUACUAUUAAAACGCCACCCCCCUAAGCUGCACCCCCCUUUUCUGUUCCCACUUUCACUGGGGGAGUGACCCCCAGGUCUCUUGCCAAGAACCCGUUCCACAGGGUGUAUUUCCGUUGUAAGAUAAUAGCUAUAACACAGAGGAGAGGAUUAAUGUCCCUUGUUUAAAGAAAUGCUAUUUAUGUAAAGAACAGAAACUGGCCGGAUCCCUGUCUGGCGGGCAAAGCGGGGUAAUGCAGGGCAUUGAUCAAAGGUAAUAGCCCAGCUGCAGGAAGGUGUUGGCCUGCCACUGCUCCACGGGGCUGGCAGUAAAACGCCAGGCUCUGAAAUCAGAGCGUUUUGGGGGGGUUAUUUUUGGUUGGUUUUUAAUGUUGGAUU